AACUUAGCCCUGAAACCUUCAGCUUGUCCAUUCAUACGUAGCUAUGUAUGUAUGUGCACUCUAAGAAGGGAAUCUUGAGCGUGACUAUGGGGCAACUGUGAUGCGCACACAAUCAGGGUUCUCUCAUGAUCUAUACUUCUUAGGUGCAACUGAAGCAGCACGGGCAUAUUUAGCUCUUCAGAAAAGAAAUGAAGAGAUGUGUAUACAUGAGCUGAAUGCAGCCAAAGCUGAAGCCUGCAGAAAACGACCAGAGUUGGAACUUGAAAGCCGUGACUUGGCGCAUCAAAUCAUGAGCAGAGAAAGAAAGUAUAGGGAGCAAGUCAGUGAUGUCAAUGAAAUUAUGACCAACAGAUCUAAAGUUAAGAUUAGCUUGAAUGAAACUGAAGCAGAACUUCAAUCAGUCCUUGGAAAGACUCAACAAUGUGAACAAAACAGAUUGCGGUUAGAGGAAAGGACCAAGGAGUCUUUGAAUGAGUUUGUAACGGAUAUGAACGGUCUUUCCACUAGUCUGGAAGAAGUAAAGCAGGCCUUGGCAUGUGAAAAUGAGAAAAAGAGACACUUGAGCAGAAAAUGUGAUGAAAUUGAGGAAGAUGUGAUUAGAGCUAAAAAUAAAAUGGAAAUUGCGGAAAAGGUACUCUCUGAUGCUGUCAGUAGACUGGAAUCAGAGAUAGACUUUGAGAAGAGAAUUGGAAGUAAGCAUUGUGGAAGCAAGGAAAAAAGCUGAAGAAUUAUCAAAGGAAUGUGUUGAUAUUCAACAGAAAUGCUGCUCUGGUAGAAAAAACUUACAUUCUGAAGAACAACAGUUAGCUGAACAACAUCGUAUGAUGAUGAAGGCUGUUGAAGAAGUAAGAGUUGAAGUAGAUACUCUGUUUGCCAAGCAUCGGGAAAGCACAAGCAGCUCUGAUGAAAGAGAUGAAAUUGAAAGAUAAACAUCAAAGUGCUGUCUCCAAUAUUCGAAAGAGCUCAACCUCUGCAAAUGAAACACUAAAGUAUCAGUCUGAGAAAGGGGCUGAAUUGCAAACUGAGAAUCGAAAUCUAGAUCUCCAACUGAAGGAAUGCAGUGAGACUUCUAUUAUCGUUAAAAGACAGUUACAAGAUCGGAUUGAGAUGCUCAAUGAUGAGUCAGAACACAAGGAGAGUUUAAGGAUGCGUUUGGAGAAAGAUACAGAGAGAUUAAGGCAGAGUAUACUAGCCUUGGAAAGCGAGCUUGAAAGAAUGGCAACUCAGCUGAAGGAGAAUGAAGAAAGCAAUAGCCACAUAUGUAGAACAUCAGCUCAAAAGAUUUCUGAAUUAAAGAGUGAAUGUAGGAAAGCUGAGCAACACAUCCAAGUCCUAAAUCAAACAUUGCCAGAAGGCACAACACAACUUCAAUCAUAUGUUACCACUGCUCAACUGCAAAGUCAGACCCUUCAGGAAAAUAUAAAAACUUUGGAAGACAGUGUUUCAAACAAAGUUCUUCUAAUAGAAGCUCUAGAGGUUAGGAGUGUCAUAUCCAGACCCCCUUCUAAAGAAGAAAAGGAUCUGGCCACAUCAAAGCAUUUUUUGGUUAACAGCCUGCGUACCUAAACACGUGUGGAUUUGCCUCACAAAUAUGUGCAUGCAUGGCUUGUUUUACUGUCGGUGACAUGCUUCAUGAUCAGCGAUUUACCGAAAACUUAGACUGCUGAUUCUGCUGGGCAAUGCCGCUGAGGUUCGCGGACAAUGUCGGUUUUCUGGCCCUGUCGGGCUAGCAUCAGCCACUAGCGUUUUGAACAACGCU